GACGUGGACUCGUGACGGUCCCUGGACCUCGUGCGUUCCUCUAGUAACUCCGAGUGCCUUCAGUACGACAGUUCCUCGUACCCCUCGAAUAAAAAAAAAAACAAGUCCCCCGUUCAAUCAUCUCCGUGUGGUUUUCCCAAUUUUCCAUAACCCCCCAGUGUCAUCACCUCCAUAACCGCCCCUCAAGUGACAAAAAAAUAAAUCAGUGAUAAUAACUUGAGCUUUUCAUCUCUCGAUCAAAGUCAAUUAAAAUUCUUUUUGUACCGCGGCCUCUCGUCACUACUUUUAUCUCGAAUCCCCUCGAUAAAUCGCAACCAAUCCCCCAAUCGCAUUUUAUUUAAAACAAUUCCGCGAGUGUGUGGGUGAUAUUGAAUGGCGAUAAAUAAUCGUUGGAGUCUCGCGGUAAUCCAGCCCCGAAAGUGAUAAAACUAUGCACCCGUCAAAAUUAUGUCAAUCGCUAGUCGAAAACUAAUGAGUGAUAGUUUGAAAUCAGUGUUAUGCGGUGCCAAAGCGCCGACGGCGGAUGCGGUGGCGACGAUAAAGACGAGGGCGAAGAAGACGAAGAGAAUUCUGACAAGAAUAAGACCAAGACCGCGACGAAGGCCAUCAACGAUCAGCAGCAGCAGCAGCAGGAACAGCAGCAGCGGCAGCAGCAGCAGUAGUUGGUACCGAAUCGAUUCCUAAAACGACAUUUUGAGAAUAAAGAAGAUAAAAAGAUAGCAGAAAGAAAUAAAAUAAGAGGACAAAGAGAUAAGAAGCCGUAAAGAUCGGAUAAAUCAGAAUUCCGUUGAUAGAAUAAAAAUCUAAAGUACUGGCACCCAAAUGCACCUGUGGCAUAUCCUGUUUCAUGUUCAUGUUCUGGAGCAAACGUACGGUAUUAACUAGACGUCUGCUAAAGGCCAAAGUCCACCGGGAGUAUGAAACCGAGUGUGAGACUCAAGGGACAAAAAUUAACGUACCAACUGAUACAUCUGGUGAUUUUAAUGAUACAACAGCAAGAGUAGAUACAGGGAGUGAAUGCGGGGGUAGGAGAGCCAUUAAUAUUGACAGGAGUGUUGUCAAUAGGCUGCAACAGGCUUGCUGCGGUGGUGUUGACGAGGAGGAGGAUCCAGCUGAUGGUAGGCUCACCAGGUGCAAGGAAUUACUCAAGGGUCUCAAGGAGAAUCAGCUGGAGAUGCUGAUAACCUCGGUUGAGAGUUGUGGCGCUGAUCUGGGUGGUUGUGUACUUGUCAGGAGAUUGUUGAAUUCAGGAUGGGAUGAUCAGGCUGAUCAUUACAGGAGGCACAGGCAUGUCAGCAGAAGUGCCAGACAUCAUCAUCCACUCAGGCACAGACACUCGGAUACCAGGCAGAGGUCUAAGUGCAGGCACUGCGAUACCAGGCAUGUUAAUAGUGGUGAUGAUGAUGACGAGGUGGUUGAUGAGGUGGCUAUUGUUAAUGUGGUUAAUACUGUGCCUGAACCAGCUAAUUUGCUGGCCUGUCAGGUGUGGAGGUGGCCUGAUUUGGAUCAGUCGAAGGAUCUUAAGAAAUUACCUGUCUGUCAUUCCGCUGUUGAUUCUUCUUAUGUUUGCUGUAAUCCUUAUCACUGGAGUCGGCUUUGUAAACCUGAGUCGCCACCGCCCCCGUACUGUCUGAUACCAGCUGAGAGAGUUGCUAAGCAAGAUGGUGCCAUUCAAUCUAGCCAAAUGGAGGCGCGUGGAAAUGCCGCCGAGCCCUCGCGACUUCCGGACUCGUUAACCACCGACGGUGAAGAGCACAACGAGGACAAGAAGGAAUGGUGUACAUUGGCCUAUUGGGAGCUAGGGGGUAGAGUGGGAAGACUUUAUCCAGUUGAAGCAUCAACGAUAAGUGUCUUCGAUUCACUCCACGAUGGUGAUGGACUCUGUCUUGCGAGCCUCGCCCAGAAUCACGGAUCAUCACCAGCAGUUCGAAGGACACGACAGAAAAUUGGCCUAGGUGUGAUGCUGAGCCAAGAAUCAGAUGGUGUGUGGGCGUACAACAGGUCUGACACUCCAAUAUUCGUAAAUUCACCAACUCUGGAUGAUCCAGAGUCUCGUACACUGCUGGUGUAUCGUGUACCCCCUGGAUUCUGCCUCAACAUCUUCGACAGAUCAAAGAGGCAAAAUGUACGUUUGUCGUACGGUGAUUCAUUGAAUUCGACUGGUCCAGUCGAUUCUAAUUCCGUGCGAAUAAGUUUUGCCAAGGGAUGGGGCCCAAAGUACUCGAGACAAGAGGUGACAUCGUGUCCCUGCUGGCUAGAAGUCCUACUAGCUCCCUGCAGGUGAUCAACGAAUUGUUUAUUGUUAUGACUAUUGUCUGGUAAUGAAUUGUGACAAAUACCAACGCCAUACGUGCCUUCCCUAUCCCCCAUCACCCCCCAGACUCAAUGGAGAUAAAUUCUCGUGAAUGAUUCAUUGAAAAUCAUGGAGAACUGGUGGAGAACAGGAGAUCAUCAAAUUCCUCACGUGACACAUCGUUAAAUAUCUAUCGAGCCAAUGGGUUUAGAGGAAUAUGUCUGGGGAAUAAAAUGUUGGUCAUUAAAUUUACUGGAAAAAAUGUCCUUUCAACUUCACCUCUAGACCCACUCAUUACUGAGAUAAUGCCAUUCGUUAUUUAUCGUUUGGAGUUUAAAAUUCUGAACAAGUGGUAAUACGAUGACUGUUUGUUUUUAAUAUAUCUCAUGAGCCUGAGGAUUUAGAUAAAUAUGGAAGAGGAAGUUUUUGUGGAUCAUUGAAUUAUCUUGAAAAAAGUUAUAUGACUUUUUUUUGGGAAAUUUAUUGUUAACGAGUUAUCCUCUCUUCUUCACCAAUUCAUCAGACAGAAUUUUCAGUGUGAAGCUAUGCAGCGUCACGUGUGCAGACGUUGUCAGUCAGCCUCAUGCCUUCAGCAUUUCAAUGACGAAAUGAUUGUUUUUUUUAUUGUUAUAUAAAAAAUUGAAAAGAUAAAAAUACAAUAAUGUCGAAUCCACAAAUAAUACCACAAUGGAUGGAGAAUUGACUGCUCGAAUAAGCUUGAUACCUCAUUGUUCUAGCUUUUUCUUAUUUUUAUUUCAAUUGAAUUAUUGUGUCGUCUAUAUUUUCAAUGACUAAACACAAUUGAUUUAUUUCUUCGUUUAAGAUAAAAUUUUUAAUUUCUUCUAACACAAAGUGAAGUGAAGAGGUACUUUCUUUUUGUUAUUUUAUAAAAUACAAAUGAUAAAACGCACGAUUUAUUGACGAUUAAAUGUAUAAAAAUUAUAGCCGUGCGAUUAUUUUAAUUUAUUAAGAAUUUUGUAGUACACGAAAUUAAUAUUCGUUUGUAAAUAAAUUUUAUUUAUACGUAGAUCAAUAAAACGCGAAGAAUAAAGUGAUUAUGGAGUGAUUGGAGCCUUUUUUUUUGCUGUGGAGAAUGUCGAAGUGAGUUUUUAUUAUUAUUUUUUUAAUUGUGAAUGUAAUUUCGAGGGAGAGAUGGAUUGAACGAGAGAUGAGUUAUUUUAUUCUGCGAAUAUCUCGAUAAGAAGUGGCUCGAAGAAAAAUUGUGACAACACCUUUUUUGUGGGGAUUUUCACGAGCUACAAAAAAUGCUUCUGACACUUUUAUCUAAAUCCCAUUGUUUUCGAGAUAUGGCUGGUAGAUCUGUAAGUUCCUCUCGUUUUCUUCACUCUCUUUUCAUUUUUGUUACGUAUUAUUGUAUAACAUACGUGGCAUGUAUGUUUUCACGCUUCCGAUACGAGAAUUCAUGAGAAACGUCUGGCCGAAGAGUUGCGUCAUUGCUAUGAUAAUUAAUAGCGAUAUGUAAUUGAUGAAGUUGUUCCUAGAGAAAAUGGAGAGGAGUGAAUUUUCCAAGGCCUUUGGUGGCUUCGAAGUUUAGGCUCAGGACCACUCGCUUUUCUCGAGUAUCAAUAAAAUUUAUCCAUAAAUCUAAAAUACAAUUGACAAGUCAUGAACGAGAGGAGGUGAAACUAAAGGUUUUGCGCUGUUAACUUGCCCGACGAAUGGGAAAUUAUUGAAUAAAUAAAAGACUGUAAAUACAGACGCGUUAUGAUCGUGUAAAAAUAGGAUCGCGAAAGAAACACAAAGAGAGUCUAUAGAAAGCUAGAAGUUGCCUCUGUGAAACACUGUGCCUUUUAUAUUAAACGAAAAACCGAUAAAAAAAAGCCAUUGAAAUAAUUUUUAAACAAACCGAGACCAUCGAAUUUGCGACGCAACGAUUGAUCGUACGUUGGAUUUUUAAAUGAUUGCCCAUUGCGAAGAGGAAUUUAUCCUCUUUCUCUCAAAAUUCGCCUCCGUCCUGUUGUCAAUAUUCAGUGAAUAAAAAAAUUAUUGAAAUCCAACGAA